UCGGUUGUUGGGUUUUGCGUACUAUUGGACCGAAAGGGUGAUGGCACCGCUAGGAUGAAGCUCGUGAGAAUUUUGAUGAAAUUGAGUCACGUAACUGUAACCACUGAAUUAAAGAAUGGAACACAGGUCCAUGGAACAAUCACAGACAGGUUACCUCUAGAUACACUUGUCAUGGAUGUUGAACCAAAGGUGAAAUCUAAGAAAAGGGAAGCUGUUACAGGAAGAGGCCAAGGAUGAGGAAGAGGACGUGGCUGAGGCAGAGGAAGAGGGGGUCCUAUGCGAUAA